CGCUAGUACUCAGAUUCAUGCAAAUGACUGAGGCAGAAAACAAGAGAGGGUAGCAGAGGAUCUGAGGAUCGGAUUCGGCGGACGUCGGUCCAGCGGUAAACCAGGAUCUUUUGUUAUUGCUUUGUCUUCAGACAACUCAAGAUGGCAGCGAGCACAGAGGCCCCCGAGCCCUGGUACCUGGCUCUGCUGGGCUUUGCAGAACAUUUCCGCACGUCGAGUCCACCGAAGAUCCGUCUGUGCGUCCACUGUCUGCAGGCGGUGUUUCAGUUCAAGCCGCCUCCGAGGGUCGAGGCCCGGACUCACCUGCAGCUGGGCUCGGUGCUGUACCGCCACACAAAAAACAGCGAGCUGGCUCAGACUCACCUGGAGAAAGCGUGGUUCAUAUCACAACAAAUUUCUCAAUUUGAAGAUGUCAAGUUUGAAGCAGCAAGUAUUCUAUCAGAGUUCUACUGUCAACAGAACCUGGUGGACUCGGCCAAACCGGUGUUGCGGAAGGCCAUCCAGAUCUCUCAGCAAACUCCCUACUGGCACUGCAGACUGCUUUUUCAGCUGGCACAAUUACACGCUCUAGAGAAGGACUUGGUAUCUGCCUGUGACCUCCUUGGAGUUGGAGCAGAGUAUGCAAGAGUCAUGGGAUCAGAGUACACACGAGCGCUGUUCUUAUUAAGUAAAGGAAUGCUGCUGCUGAUGGAGCGGAAGCUGAGCGAGGUGCACCCUCUGCUGACGCUGUGUGGGACCAUAGUGGAGAACUGGCAGGGAAACCCCAUUCAGAAGGAGUCCCUCAGAGUUUUCUUCCUCGUGCUGCAGGUUACACACUACCUGGAUGCUGGACAGGUAAAGAGUGUGAAGCCGUGUCUGAAGCAGCUUCAGCAGUGUAUCCAGACCAUCUCCACUCUCCAUGAUGAUGAGAUCCUUCCCACUAAUCCAGCAGCUCUCUUCCACUGGCUGCCCAAAGAGCAUAUGUGUGUGCUUGUGUACCUGGUGACAGUGAUGCACUCCAUGCAGGCGGGCUACUUGGAGAAGGCACAGAAGUACACAGACAAAGCUCUCAUGCAGCUGGAGAAGCUGAAGAUGCUGGACAGCAGUCCCAUCCUAUCCACGUUCCAAGUCAUCCUGCUGGAGCAUAUCAUCAUGUGCCGACUCGUCACUGGACACAAGGCCACAGCUUUACAAGAGAUUUCUCAGGUUUGUCAGCUUUGCCAGCAGUCUCCCAGGUUAUUUACAAAUCAUGCUGCUCAGCUUCAUACGCUGCUGGGCCUCUACUGUAUCUCGGUGAACUGCAUGGAUAACGCUGAGGCUCAGUUCACUGCUGCUCUACAGAUGACAACACACCAGGAACUGUGGACGUUCAUUGUGACCAACCUGGCCAGCGUCUACAUCCGGGAAGGCAACAGACAUCAAGAGCUGUACAGCCUUCUAGAGAGGAUUAACCCUGAUCACAACUUCCCUGUCAGCUCUCAUUGUCUACGGGCUGCAGCGUUUUACAUCAGAGGGCUCCUGUCUUUCUUCCAGGGACGUUACAAUGAGGCCAAAAGAUUUCUAAGGGAGACCCUGAAGAUGUCUAAUGCUGAGGAUCUGAAUAGGCUGACUGCUUGUUCGCUUGUCCUACUGGGCCACAUCUUUUUUGUCCUGGGCAACCACAGGGAAAGUAACAAUAUGGUGGUUCCUGCCAUGCAGCUCGCCAGCAAGAUCCCAGACAUGUCUGUGCAGCUGUGGUCCUCUGCACUUCUCAAAGAUCUGAACAAGGCUUGUGGAAACACCAUGGAUGCCCAUGAGGCAGCUCAGAUGCACCAGAACUUUUCUCAGCAGCUCCUGCAGGACCACAUUGCAGCCUGCAGCCUCCCUGAACACAACCUCAUCAGUUGGACAGACGGCCUCCCUCCUGUGCAGUUUCAGCCUCAGAAUGGACCGACAACCAGCCUGGCCAGCCUGCUCUGAGAACAACCACCCUGACAGGGAAGUGGAGACACGGAAGAGCAGCUGCAGGGAAAAAUUAGAGAAAAACACAAACAGAAAAAAGGAGAUAUACUCGAUAGAAGGGUAAGAGGAAAGGGAGGUAGGAAAACUUGAUUAGAAACUGAAGGCAUACUGCGCUGUGUCAUUUGGCAGGUUUCCAUUCACUGCAUUCCUUCUCUCAUUUGGGGAACUGGGGCAUCAUGACUGGAUUUGAAGUGAUUGAAGUUUUUUGGAAAACAUAAGGUGAACUUGUAUUACACUGGCACAACCUGGAGUGGUUGUAAUUGUUUGUUUUACCAGCCAUACAACAAAUGAAAAAUUAAAGGAAAAGUUCCGCUUUUUGGGAAAUACGCUUACCUGCUUUCAUACAGAGAGUUAGAUGAGAUGAUUGAUACCACUCUGUACAGUAAAUAUGAAACUACAGCCAGCUAGAGUUGUUACGAUUCCGAUACUGGUGUCGGAAAUACCUCAUACUGCCUAAAUACACUGGAUCGGGAAUCGGCGAGUACGUGAGUCUAUGCAGUCUAUUAGCUGUUGGCUGCAAUCACUAAUAGGCUGUCAUGGUCCAGGUUCAGACCCAGAUGUUGACGUAUCUGGACCUGGACCUAUGAGCUAUAAAUUAUUGAAAAAUUAUUACAUUUUUACUGAGUGUUUUUGUUUUAACCGAUGCAGCUUUUCUAGCCUUUAUCAGGUCACAUGAUGCUACUCAGCCAAUCAGCCAGUGAUCACUGUAACCGUGAUCACUAUAAGUGGUUUCCACUGUAAAUGGAGAUAUUUUUUGGCAUUCAUGUCUUUGUUCAAAGACAAUGACAGCAAUCAUAUCACAUUCACACAGGGUUAGUAGUAUAUACGUAGCUGUUAACAUUUUUUUUAAUGCAUCGGCAUGGAAUCGGUACUCGGUAUUGGAUGAUACCCAAGUUCAGGUAUCAGAAUCAGUAUUGUUAAGGGAAAAAAAGGGAUGUGAACAUCUAUAUUGCCAGCAGACAGCUCACUUACCUUAGCAUAAAGACUGGAAAAGGGGAAACGGGUAUAGGGUGGGAUCCACCUUCUCAGCGAACUCUUGGAAAGAAAGGAAAUAAGUAUAUUUUUGAAACUGUCAAACUUCUCCUUAAAAAUUCAGAUUUUCUUUCCCACGCAUUCAGUUCAUCUCUUAACUCUUUCCUGCAAGACCAUUGAGGAGGUAUUUUUGUUUGGAAUUAAGUAAAAAAAAAAAAAAAAAAUUCAGAGAGAGUACACAGAUUUUAAGAUAAAUUGUGAUCAAAUUUAAACCAUGGAACGGCCAGACAGUCAUUUCAGGUCUAUUGUUGUGCAUGAACUCAAUGUGUCUUUUCAAAGCACUGUUUGGCCGAAGCACAGUACUAGUUGGGAUACAUUUGGAUAUACAGUAUACUAUAUAUCUGUAAUGAUCUUAAUGUUUGUGGAGUGGUAUGUUUGAUCUUUAUUUGGUGGUUGAGCUGCACGUGUAGUUUAUUCACUGAAGAGGAACAAAUUAUGCUGAGCUGAGAUCAAUGACAAUUUAAAAUGAUGGGAUCACACCAGCUGUGACGCCCGUCAACAUGUUGACAUUCCGACCCCUGAGUACUCAGUUGUUAUUGCUACAUUAUUACAUGAGCACUCAGUACUCAUGGGUCAGACCACACCCAUAUUCAAACUCAGCCUUUAUUUUGAUCUCAGCUACACACCUGUAAAGUUUUGUGAAAAACACGUUUCAUAACACAGACACCUGCCAAAGUACUCACAACCACCUCUGUGGUAGCUCCUGUUACACAGAGUCUACAGGACCACAUUUUGCCAUGAUGACACAGACACAGACUCACAAGGUGUGAGGUGUGGCUGGUAAAAUACUUACCAGCCACACGCUAUCACGGCUGGUAAGUAUAUUACACUUAGUAGACCAUGGAACCAGCUGACCAUUUAAUAUAAAUGCAGCCAUGUGCUUUCUGACAUCCAGUGGUGUGUAUUAAUGUUCUGAAGGUAAGAAAAGUGAACGUUUAACAUGUUUUGGGACUAUGAUGCAUCUAAAAAGUAUUUGGGUAAUUUAUUUACAUUGCAAUUCGAUUGAAUUGCUGCCUGUUUUUCACUAUUUCGCUCUCACUGUGGUGUAUGUUUAUAUGCUGUGCACAUUUUGCCUGGAGUCAAGAAACUAGUAAUAAUAGUAAUAUUUCUACUGGAUAAGACUGACUGUUACCUGUUUGCACAUAUGUUGUUUCAUGAUGAAACCUACAUUUUUAUCUUUUCCUUUAAAGGAUUUUGAAAUAAUUGUUUUUUUUCUCACUACAGUUUUUCUCUUUUCCUGUUUUACACAUUUCUUCCAGAUGAUGGCAGAAUAAAUCUGCAUUUAAAUAACUUAUUUAUUUAAUGUUGAUUUUCACUAUAGCAGAUACAUUUGUUCUUUGCCAUUGUUUUUAAUAGCUGGUAGAACUUUCAGUUUAGUCACACUACUGUAGGAAAGGUACAUUUUAGUUCUAUCUAUUAAAGACAUUUCCUCAACAGAUUUCUGUAAUCAUAGUUUUUAUUAUUUCAAAAUAAACGACUGAGUUUGGUAUUCGCUGCAAUAAAAUACUACAGUAUGGGUGCCAUUUA